AUGAGUGGACAUCGAGGAAGGCAGCUGACACGCGCCCAAGGCAACCGGGCAAUUCUUGCUCCAGGUCCUGAUCCCAUUCCGGAGCCUGCACCUGUAUCUAACCCUACACCACCCCUAGCAUCGCCUACUCCUACAGAUUCAGUGGCAGAGUUGCGCCAAGAGGUUAGUGAGUUGAGGGGCACGAUGGCUUCCAUGUUGAGGCAUUUCGAGGAAUUCAUGGCCCAUCAGGGCAGGCCAGGACAGGCGCCGCCGGUAGCAGGGAAUGAGGCAGUCUUACAAGAAAAUGUUAGUGGUCAGACGUCGAACCCAGUGCAGCAGGAGGUUGAGCCUCAGGGUAUGGAUGGUAAUGCUGGCAGUCAGUUGGUGAGGAACUUCAUGGCACUCAGGCCAUCGGAAUUCAGAGGGGGAAAUGACGUUCUGGUUGCAGAAGAGUGGCUGAUGGCAAUAGAGAAACAUCUGCGGACCAUAGGAUGCACUGAUGCACAGAAGGUACAGCUGGCCACAUACCUACUUCGGGGAGCAGCUGAGAGGUGGUGGGAGACGGCCAGACUGCGAUUCAGGAACAGGGAGCCAUCUUGGGCUGAAUUUAGGGAGCUCUUCAACGCCAAUUAUUUUCCCGCCUGGGUUCGUAGCCAGAAGACAUACGAGUUCAUCGAGUUGACCCAGGGCAACAUGUCAGUGGCUCAGUAUGAGGAGGAGUUCACCUCCCUAGCACGCUUUGCCCCCGAGUUAGUAGACACUGAUGAGAAGAAAGCGACCAAGUUCUUGAGAGGGUUGCGAGUGGAGAUUCGAUUUCAACUGGCAGGUGCGCAGUUCACUGACUAUUCUACACUGGGCAAUGACAGGAAGAGGAAGGGUGCACCAGGGCCUUCGAGAGGCACGCCAGACAUCCCCCCAUGCAAGACAUGUGGAAAGAGGCAUCGUGACCCAUGCCGCUACGACAGAGGGGUGACAUGUUACACUUGUGGUCAGGCGGGGCACGUACAGAGGGACUGCCCUCAGGGGUCAGGUAGAGCAGGCAGCCAGGAGGUGACAUGUUUUAAAUGUGGGCGCAAGGGCCAUAAGGCCAACGUUUGUUCAGUGCCACCCCAGCGAGGAGGCCAAAGGCCGGGGUAUCAGAGUGAUAGAUCUGGGCAGAGGCAGUCAGUGCCUAGACUUCAGGGGAUGGCACCAUCAUUGGCACUACCAUCAGGACAGAGCACCGCAGAUGCUGAUAGACCCCACAUCCAGGGGCGAGUGUUCGCCUUGACUACAGCUGAAGCAGAGCAAGGGAAGGACACAGUGCAAGGUAUCUUAUCCUUAUAUGAUAUUGAUGUUUGUGUUUUAUUUGAUACGGGAUCCACACACUCUUUUGUUGCACCUCGGGUGGUAUGUCAUAUUCCAAUUUCCAGUACAUUGUUACCAUAUUAUUUGAUUGUAACUACUCCGGGAGAUACGAAAAUGGUGGGUAGUGAGGUGUAUAGGGAUUGUAAAAUCAUAGUGCACGAUAAGGAGUUUCCGGGGAAUUUGGUGGUGCUAGACAUAAAAGAUUUUGAUCUUAUUUUGGGCAUGGACUGGCUAUCCCAACACUAUGCUAAGGUUGAUUAUCGGCACAAGGUAAUUCAUUUUGAGUAG